AUGGACUCGAUAAUGGGCACGAAGAAGAAAAAGAAAGCGGCGGAGAAGAAGAAGAACGAGGAGCAACUCGUGCAGAUUCGGAUCGAGGUCGCCAAGCCGGGCAGCAAGAAGUAUACGCACGUGGACUGGCAGGAACUACUCAAAAGCAACGUGAGUCCGCGCGUUUCCCGGAAAAUUCAACGAAAAAUCGAUAUUUAGGGUCGGGAAAAGGACGAGGAGGUGUUGCGUCGAUUCUACGAUGAAGACACGCUUUUUAUGGCGAAAAAACUCAGCGAAACGGUAGGAGAAAUGACAAAUACAACAGAUUUUCCCGAAAAAGCGUCGUAAAUCCGUAGGUUACAUCUGUUUGAAUGAUUUUUGAAAACAUUAAAUCGGAACGUUUCAAAAUGUCACUAAUGUAGUCUUUUAUCGCAUUCUUUUCGGAGAUUGCUCUGAAAAAGUUUCAUCAAUUUCAAACCAAAUUUGCCGUAAGAGUAAUAAUUAUUUGCAGAAGAGCAAGAGCGGAAAGCAGUUGCGCGUGAAUCUGGACCACAUUCAGUACCUGAACAGAAAUUGCGGCUACGACAUGGACGACGAGUUCAUCGACGACACGGAGGCGGUCGACGACAUGAACAUGACGGCGAAGAAGGGCCGUUUCUACGUGGGAAAGGGCGAGGUGAAGGCGAUGGACGACGUCGACGAGGAGGAGGAGGAGUCGGAGGAAGAGGAACUCGAGGUCGAGGUGCAGCAGAGGAAGCCACGUGGACCCUACAAAAAGAAGGAGAAGGAGGGCUCCUCCGAUUCGGAGCCCGAGCCGCCGGUACGCAUGACCGGACAGGCGCCGACCGCCCGGAUGACUGGAGCGCCGCCGACGAAGAAAAUGAAACGGCCGAGUCCGCCGGCGGCCAAAAUAGAGCCGACGCCGCCGCCGGAGAAGAAGAAGAAGGUGGAGACGGAGGAGAAGAGGCCCGAGCCGUCGAGAAUUCCCUCUGUCGUUUCUGUCGCCUCCACGUCUUCGACCGCUGCCAGUUCGGUGAUUAUCGAGAGCCCGACGAAGCCGGCGCCAGUCGCUCCUUCUUCUUUUUCUUCUUCCACUCCUUCCACGUCUUCUUCGUUGUUGGCGUCGUCGACGACAAAAGCGAGUGCGGCCGCAGUUAUGGCGAAGAAGAUCGACAAUAUCCUGGUAAGUUUUGUUUUUCACCCAAUUUUUGGCCCUUUUCUAAAAACCCUGACGAAAUGCUUGCCUGAAAUCGUCAAAAACGUCUUCCAGAAGAAGCCGACUCCGCCGACGACGCCCUCGAAAGACAGCAACGUGGCGUCGAUAAUCACGAGCAAAUACUCGCAAUUGGCGGAAAAAGGCAAAAUGUUCAAGGCGGCCGGCAUGAAAUCGGUGGACGCGACGACGAAACAGGAGUUCAAAGAUCUGAUCCGCAUCGCCAAACAUCACAAUCUCGAGAAGGCGAACAUCGAAAAUCUUGUGACGACAAUUUCGAUGGCGUUCGGGCUCUCGACGCAGGAACUCGUCAAACUGGUGGAAGUCAACGAGACGGUGUCGGUGAAGAAGGAGCCGGAGGUGUCGGAGUGGCGACUCACGGCCGCCGACGUUCCGUUCAUGACCGACGCCGACAUUGCGAACAUGACGACGCUGGUGAAGUCGUGGCGGAGCAAGAAGCAGUUGCCGAACGUCGUGCUCACCGCCUGGCUCAAAGACGUCAACCAGGGCCGGCUUAAUGUGGACCGUGCCCGCCAACGGCUCUUCGACUACGUGAACGCGCUGCCGGACCUCGAAAAACCGAUCGCCGUCGACGCGGGAUUCGAUCUGCCGAAGCACGAACGGUCGAGGAAAGCGAGGAUGUUCCUGCAUCAGUGGGUGUGGCUCUCGCGGAAAUACAUCGAGACGGUGCUGCCGACGCUGAAGAGACCGCCCACUGACGGGUACGCGAAGAAGCAAGUGAUGGCGGUGAACUCGCUGAAAGAGGCCUACCGAAAGCAGUUGUCCCACUUCGAGUCCAAAGUGAAAGAGUGAGCAGCGGGUUUUGAACGGUCGGAACGCACUUUUUUCAGCAGAACCGGCGCGGACGCAAUCUACACUUUUCAGUUCACCGAACCCGUUCUGUAAGUUCUGCAUUUCCGUCAUUUUCAGUCUAAACUCGAGUUUUUGUCUCGAUAUCUUGUGUAUGUAUUUUCAAAAUUGGACAAUUCGAUAAAUUAAUAAUACAUUCAGUUUUGAUGAGAAAUGCACUUUUUCAGCGCGUCGAUCUGGACGUACCUGGACGAGCUGGUCGACUACUCUCUUUCGUCGGGAAAACUCGAUAUAAUAGUGAAGGGAAUCGAUUCUCUGCACCAGGCGGUCGACGAUAAAGUCACUCAGAUGUGAGGCUCCUAUUCCAUGACGCCCACGCAUUUCCCGCCCGUUUUGCAGCCAAUUCUACAUCGAACUGUGCCGUCGCUUCCAGAAACUCUCGUUUCUGGCGGUCGAGGAGCCGAUGAAGGGCCGGCUCGCGACGGCGAAAGAGCUCAUCACGAAGCACCAGGUCGUCCAGAAUGUGAAGUACAUGAUCAAGUGGCCCGGCGGCCAGGAACCCUCGAUGCGCGGACUCAGCAAGGAGUUUUACUGUCAGUUUUUCAAUAGUUCUUUAAAAUUCGGGUAAAUUGUAUAUUUCGUCGAAAAACAAUUCAAUUUCAGCGUUCGAAACUUCGGUUCUGGCCAACUGGAAGCCGCUCUCCUCCCCACGUGCUUCCAAUUUGAGCCGUCCGUCGAUGGUCCCCUCUAGCUCCACGGUCCCAGCCGUGAGCGUUCCCUCGACCAGCACGAUCGUCAAGCCGUCGGCUCCGGCUCCGGCUCCGUUGGCGGCGCGUCAGCCGACCGACGAGGAGCGGCGGGCGAUGAAUCCGAUCGUGCAGGUACCGUCUUCGCGGCCGCUCGAAAUGUCCGAUUACGUGCGACUCCAGCAGCACCUACAGCGACAGCUCCAGCAAAAAGUGAAAGGCGAACCGCCGUGUUGAUUGAAUAAUUCGCCCUAUUUGACCCCGUUUUUUAUCCGAUUUAUACCAAUUUUAGAAGUUCGGGGACCGGCGAGAGAGCGAGAGAGAGAGAGAGAGAUUUUCAGACAAAACCCCCGAUUUUCAGGUCUAUCUGGGAAAGUACCUAAUGGCCAACGGCAAUUCAGUGAGUCUAUUUUGGUAGAGCUUGCCCUUGGUUUCUCUCUCUCUCUCUCUCUCACUCGCUCUCUCUCUCUCUCUGUCCUCGUCCCGGUGACGGUACUAACUACUCCGUCACAAUUGUUUUUAUCUUUUAACGGGCUUUUCAAAAGCCCGUGCAUGUCUACUCGGUGUCCUUCUUUUUCGAAUUCUAGAUCUUGGUGAGCAUCUUGGAUUACCAGUCUAGAAAGUAGCGAAUUUUGUAAAAUAAAUUAUUUUGUCAGAUUUUCGCCUGGAAAGUCUGUUUUAUCAGUGAAAUUAGCUAGAAAAUACAAUCAGUAAACUCAAAAUUGCAAAAAAUCACAUUCUCGGAGAAGAUCUGACUGAGAAAUCAUGACAAGUCUAAGGAUAACCGCAUUUUUUGUGAAAUCUGCAAGUGGGUCUAAAGUUCAAGGCUCUAAAUAUCCUGGUUUUACGAAAAAGCGCUCACCAAGAUCCCCUUUUCUCUCUCCUUCUUCUUCUUCUCCCCCCUAAAAUCUCAGCCCCAACCUCUCUCUCUCUCUCUCUCUCUCUCUGACAAACGUGUCCUUAAAAUCUCUCUUGAAAUUUCAAUUUAGAAAUUCUCGUCCUUUCUCUGUAUUUCCACACUGAUAUCUGACGAUGAACUUGUUCCGUUUUUGCACUUUUCUCCUCUGCCGUGCCUCCUUCUCUCUUUCAUGUCGUGUAGGUGGUGGCGGUGGUGCAUGUUCGGUCUUUGGCACAAAAACAUUGGGGCCCUGAUUGCAGACGGCCGACAUCUGCGAGCCGAGCGCGCAGCCGAUGAGCGACGAGCUGCUCGUGGCGGCCAUCACUGCCGUCUACGUGUGCGGAGUGCCCCUCUCCAACCAGAUGAUCAUGCUCAAAGUGGGUCCGGAAUUCCGCAUCCUUUAGAAGUUUUGAUGUUUUUCUGACGACUGCCGCGUUCCGGAAACGUAAAUUAUGUGAACGUUUGAGAAACACCGACUUUUGAAUUAAACUUUAAAAACUACCGAGAAAAAGCGCUCAAAACCUACGCAUUUAAACAAGUGGACUAGGAAAAGCUAGGCCAAAAAAUCCAACACUUUGCAGAACGUGCUGACGCACGCGGGCCAAAUCCGAAUGGCGCAGGCGAUUGCUGCUCACCGAGCCCGAACGAGCGCGGUGUUGACGACGAAAGAGUACAAGGGUCUCUUUGAGUAUUUCACGAAAUUCGAGAAGACGAUCGAAGCGAAACGCCUCAAAAACAAAGAAUUCGAGGAGAAAGAGCGGCAGAGAACGGAGGAAAAGCAGCGAAAAGAACGGGAAAAACAGGCGGAGAAGGAGAAGAAGGAGGCGGAAAAACAGGCGGAACGCGAGCGGAAAGAGCAAGAAAAAGCGGAAGAGCGAGAGCGGAAGGAACGCGAAAAACGGGAGGAACGGGAGCGGAAGGAGCGAGAGAAAGAGGAAGAGCGCGAGCGGAAGCGGAAGGAGGAGGAGGACCGACGGACGGCGCAGAUCGAGAUUCAGCGGAGGAUCGACGAGGAGCGACGGCGGAAGGAAGAGGAAGAGACGGAGAGGGAGGAGACCGAACGGAGGACUCGCAUGGAGACGGUCAGUCCGAGCAGCACGUGGGUCUCGACGCGAAAUUUGAUGGGAUGCGCCUUGGAAAACUUUGAAGAAAUUGUCGGAAAGUUUGACAAAAUAACGACGGAAUAACCAGAAAUUACGAUUUUUUCCAUGGCGCAUCGACCAAAUUUUCGUGGCGAGACCCUCGCGUUUCCGAGAUUAUCCCUUUUGUGGAAUGAGCAUAACACACUUCCUUCUCCUCGUCGUUUCGUACUUUUGUGAUUGGUGACCAUUUAGGAGGCGACGAACGCGUUGUUGGGUCUGGAAGAGGACAAUCUCAUGGACGACGUCGACUUUAUUUCCGAGCAGAAGAGCCGCGAAGACGAGGUUCGGAACGAGGGAGAAUGGCAUGAAAAUUUGAUGCUUUUUUUUUUGUUGCAUGCACUUACUUCUUUUGUUUCUUUGAAAAGUGUGUGGGGAGAGGAAAGUUUCGCAAAAAAUGCUAUUGUAGGAGCGUAAAAUCGCGGAAGGGCGCCGAGCGGUGGAGCGCGAGAAUCAGAUCAAGAUGAUGAGAGCUCAGCAGCUGAUGCGUCAGGGUCCGAGCGAAGGGACCGUCGAGGAGAAUAGUCAACUAAUGGGCGCCGAGGUGGGAAACUUUGCAUCGGAUCCCAAGACACUUGUUUUUUUUUCAGGUCAAUCAACCUGAUUUUGGAGGGGUUCAACCUCAGGAAACUGCAGUUCAGUGGACAAAUGUAAGUUCGACCACAAAUUUAGAGACCUACAAUAUCUUAACUUAUUUAGUCACAGCCUGAACCACAACAACAACAACAACAGUUGACUGCAGAUGUCAAGAAAGAGCACAAUAGUCAGGUGAGUUUUGGGUCUCACCACGAUUGGGUUCAAUUUUAUCGGAUAAGAUUGCCUAAAACCCUAUAUUUUCUUCAGUUCGACAUCCUGAAUGCAGCCCAAGAGGCCGCUGGACUGCCCGCCUUCUCGGAUCCCCCAAAGCCACGUGGCGCGUUCGAAAAGUUGGCCCAAUUGCGAGGACGGACCCUUUCGGCGGACGCGAAACGGCGCAGCGAAAUGGAAGCGAUGCAGAGAGAGUGCCAAGAUCAGCCAGGGACCGGAAUGGGACUCGACCAGGGUCCGAUGGUCAUGAACAACCAACCGGUGGAUCCGCAACACUAUCCGCACGCUCAAAUAGACCCAUCUCCGUUCGGCAGUAAGUUUAAGUCUCGCCACGAAAUCAACAAUUUAUCAUUCCAUGCUCUACUGCGACCAACAAAAACCACAUUUUUCAGCGCCGAAUGCUCUUCAAACCCAACAACAACAACAGUUCUUUCCGAUGCCCUCCACAAACGGAAUGACAAAUCAGGAUUCGCAACUGAUGAGUCAGAUUCAAGAUCACCUCCAAUCGCCCAAUUCGGAGCACUACAAAAAAGUGACCGAGAUGGGCAAUCGCUUCGGAUAUCAUCCGCCGCAACUGCCGGUGGACCUGCAACGCCAAGAGCACAUGAACCCGGCACCGACGCCCAGCGCCCAGCACCUCCACGCCCUCAUGCAGCACCAGGAACGACAGCAGUGGCGGCCGCAGCAACCGCCGAUGACCCAUAUGAACGGAGCGUUUCCUGCGGGCGGCCAGCGGUUGAGCAGUCAGCAAAUUGUACAGCAACAGAGCGAGUUCGUCGCCCGGCAACAGGCGCAUCAGCAGAGAAUGCAGCAGCAACAGCAGCAGCGGCAGAAGGAGCAUCGCGAGAAAAUGAUGCAGAUGCACAAGGAGCAGCAGGAGCAGCAGCAGCAGCAGCAGAUGUACGCGGACAGUCAGGACCCGGGCAGAAGUACGUUUUCGACCCGUCUAUCUUGACUGGAUAUCGUAGAAUUAGACGGUCUUAGACGGUCUAUGAGGGUCAACAUUUUGGAGUGAAUUCUUCACAUCUACUACUUCAUUUUCUGAGUUGACACCUUUUCUGUAAGCCCACGCACAAGACUACUGUAGGUUACUGUUCGUAGUAAUAUUUUUCCUCAAAUCUAGUGUAGAUUGCUUCACAUUCAACCGAGCGCCGUAGCCCAACUUAUCAAUAUUAAAACAGUACUUGUAAAGUACACUUUCCAGGAUCCAUGUCAAUAUCGCAGGGAAUGAUGCCCUCGCAACCUCGAACCCCGCAACAAGUGGCGCCGAACCAACAGUUCCCCAUGUCCGCCUACCAGUCCCCGAUGACCAACUCGUCGCUGAUGCACACCCCGAUGAGCAACAGUUCGAUGGUCGCGCAGAGUCCGCAAUUCCCGUCGCAUCCGGUGAGUCCGUGACCGCCGAAACUUCUAGUCCCCCUUCGUUUUUCAGUCCCCAAUGUCGCAGCAGUUCCACACGCCGCCCUCCGUCGGAAUGCUCAAUCCGACAAUGAGUCCGAUGGGUCCGGCACCGCCGCCGCCGCUUCAGCACUUCAACUUCCCGCCCACGUACUCUCAGCAGCAGCCGCAAGUUCCGAUGCAUCGGCAGAUGAGUCAGCAGCAAAUGCAGCAGAAUGCGUAAGAUUUGGUGGCGAGUGCGCUCCAAUGCAACUUUCGCAUUUCAGAAUGAUGCAUCGACAAAUGAGCCAACAACACCACAAUUAUCCACCACCGCAUUAG